AAAGAAUCUAGAAUCUUCUUCCCUUCCUCCCUCCCCAAAAGAGAAAACAAAACAAGAAAAAAAAGAAAAAGAAUCUUCCCCUGCCGACAGUGGGCCCCACCCCCCACGGGGUGGCGGGGCCGCAGAAUCCGGCAAAGCGGCGGCGACGGCGAGGGGAUCGGGCGCGGACGCGGAGAGGAGAGAGACAGCGAUGGCCGCCGCCCGUGGUUGCCUCGCCUCUCGAGCCUACAUAAGGGGGCGCGCGGCGCAUCUCCGGGCUUCGGCGCGUCGGAUUGGGAGGUCGGGAUUGGGAGGAGGAUGGGGAGGCGGGGGCGGGUGGUGCUGCGGCGGAUCGAGGACCGGGUGCGGCGCGGGAUCUGCUUCCGGAAGAGGCUCGCCGGGCUGGAGAAGAAGGUGGAGGAGCUCGCCGUGCUCUGCGACGCCCACGUCGGCUUCGUCGUCCUCUCCUGCUCCGGCGACGACGCCAACCCCCACCACUUCGCCGCGCCCGCCACUAUUGAAAACAUUGUGGAACGUUAUGAGCACUCUCAAGCAGCACAAAAAGGAGUACAUGGCAGGUGCAUUCUGCAAAAGAGGAAGAGCAAGGAUUUUCAAGUUCUCAAGGAAACAAUAGAUAAAGGACCAAUCAAUGAUGACAUGCGACCUAUUGAUGAAAAAGACAUAUCCACAUUAAACAUGGACCAGAUUAGCCAAAUUGAAAUAUUAUUGGAAGAUGAACUGAGGUGGACAAGGGCAAGAAAGGUGGUGGCAGAUAGAAUUGCCAGGUUGCAGAAAAAGGUACAGAAGAAACCGGCGACUGCUGAGACAGAGAGCAACUCCACUGAGAUGCCCUCUGAUCAUGAGAAGAAACAGGUAGCAGGAGGAAGCCAGCAGAGCGCCGAGGAGGAGGAGGAGGAGAUGGAGGUGGUGCUCAGGCACCGCCUGAGCCUGGGCACCGGCGACCGUGACGAUGGUGGCGGUGGCGCGGCGGAGCAACGGCACCGGACGACGCCGCCGCCGGCGGUCGACCUCAACGUGCCGUGCCGGGACGCGGGUCAGCUGCAGUAGACGUGGACAAAACACCAUUUGUUGCAGCACAGCAAUCCGAGCCCAUAACACAGCGUAGUAGUAACAGUUUACAGCCGUAAACAAUGUUUCGAAGUUAUACUGUUGCUGGGAAGUUACUGUGCUAAUAAUUUUACUACUGUAGCGGUUCAUGCCGAGGGACGCUGUGUGUGUCCGUACGUAUCCGUAUAUAUAUUAAUAAGGCUGGCUGUGCCUGCAAAUUACUGCUAAUGUGCAAUGCAUGCGAAAGAAGACGCAUAUGGUUUGGUUAUUGAUAAUCCUUGACCCUAA